AUGGAAUGCACUGGAGCAACUGCCGUCAGCCUGUCGAUGCUGUCGCAAACGCAUGACUGUCUGGUAGUGCUGGCCCGCCGCGGACCCCAGCACUUGGUGCUGCCGCCCGGAAGCUGCAUCGCCAUUACGGAGCCCGGCGAAACUGCGCAGUCGCUGGACAAUCCAGAACAGCAUUCCCUGCAGCACCUGUAUGCCUCCUCGGCCGCCGUGGUUCGCUGCGUGCCGCUUCUUCGGCCGCUCACAAACGCCCUCCCCUCAACCACGAGCGCUGCGGCGGUCUCUGCCGCAGCCCUCGCCGGUACCGGCGGAGGAGGGGGCGAGUCGCUACCCCUAGAUUGGGCCCACCUGCACAACACUGCCGGCAUCACCCACUUUGCCGCCCUGCCACUGUACCACGGCACCACUCUCGCCGGCGCACUCACGAUCCUCGGCUCGAACUCUCAGCUGCCGGUGGACGCGGCUGCGAUGGCGGUGCAGCAGCAGCAACAACAAGUACCGUCGCAGGGGGCCGUCUCCGGCUCCGUCAACGGCGGCGGCGGCGCACCCAUUAGCCCAAUGGGCAUUACGGCUUACCUGACGGCGGUGGGCAGCAACGGCGGCGGCGCUGGCACCGGCGCGCAGAUCUCCCCCCUGGACUCGUUAUUUCGCGCGCCGCUGUCCCUGGAACUGGUGGCGAUGGCCGUAGCGCAGUGCUGCCUGGGCGCGGACAUGGCCCUGGCGCGUCACGCGGUGGAGAUGGUGCAGGCGAUGCACGCCUGUGCGUCAAUACAGCAGCUUGUAGCGGGGAUAUCGCUGGGGUUACAGGCCCUCAUGCACGCACGCUUCUGCCUCACGCUGCGCUGCAACGUGGCGCUAGCUGUCGAGUUCCAGCCCAACGCCAUAAUGUUCGAAGAGAUGACUGGAGCGCAGCAGCCCAGCGGCUCCGGCAGCCAGAACAACAACUGGGCAGCCUACGAUGUCAACCCCUCGGGCCAGGCGAGCCGUGUGCCCCACAUCACCGGGCGGCCCUCAGCCGCCUUUAGCUCCCCCGCGCACGGCCCCGACGGCAGCAGUCGACGGGAGCUGGCGAACCGAAUGGCGUCGGGGGGUUGCCAGCCUGCCGCCGGAGGCGGCGGUGGCGAUGGCGGCGGCAGCACCGCCACCGUCGCCACUGCCACUGGCGGCGGUGCCGCCACCGGCGGCGCGACCACCACCACCACCGGCGCGACGACCACCGGCCGGGGUCCGUUUACGACGAUGCGUAGCGGCGUGGAUACGACUGGCGAUCCGAUGUGGGGAGCGUCGAGUGGGCAUGUGACGGCGUCGGUGUUGUUGAACCAGAUCGUGGGGCGACGGUACAAGGCUCGGCCGUUCUCGGUGUACCAUACCCUACUGAUCCGUACAAUUCACGAGCUGGCUGCCUCGUCGUACGGUGGUACGGUCAUCACCCAGUGCCAUGACCACAUGCAGGACGCCAAGACCCCCUCCCGCGACAUCUACGCGCUCGGCCGCGGCGUGGGCCAGCCUCCCCAGUCCUUGGUCCUCUCAGUGACGCACCUGCGCCCGGCAGACGAAGCUCUUCCCGACGGCGUGCUGCACCUCGCCAGCAGCAGCGAUCCACGCGCUGGGUCAACCUUGUCGGGCCGUGCCGGCGCGCUGAGCCACCGCAGCAACGGCCCGCCGCCGCCAGGCGGCGGCGGCGGCGCCGCCGCCGCCGUCAGCUCCAGCGACGCUCCCGCGACGCCGCCGGAGAAUCCGUCCUCCUCCGCUGGUGCCGCGUCAAUGUCGGCACAUCGAAUGCUGACGGCGGCGCCGGCGGCGGCGGACUGGCCAACGGUGGCGGAACCUCGGACGUACAUUGGCUUGUACCUUAGCUCUACGGAGCCGUUGCCGGCGGCGCUACUGGAGCUCAUCCUCGUCGAGAUACACUCGCUAGCAUGUCAUGUGUUGUCUCCGCUGGUGUAUAGGAAGCUGUUGGCUGGGGAGUUGGCGGUGGAAUGGUCGCUUAUGCAGACGGUCACGACAUCGAGCCUACCGCAAGGGGGGGCCGACAGCGCACCUAUGCCGGGCCGGACGCCGCGGCCGACCGUGCCGUCGCCGUCGGGGGCGGCGGUGCUGGGGACGCCGGGCGCGGCCGGCAAGAGCGCCCUUGCGAAACACGGUCGACCGUCCAUGAGCGCCAGCGAAGGCGUGGCGCGCGACAUGAUGCUGGCGGCGGCGGCGUGCGGGGGCCCGGGGGGCGGUGGCGGCGGCGGCGGGCAGGUUCCCGGCAGCGACAAGUUCCUGUCGACGGAGGUGGCUACAGUGCAGGACACGCACUCGCAGAUGGGUUUGCUCGUCACGUCGUACAAGGAGACGUUGCACAACAUGCACAUGGAGCUCAGUGUGGGGGGUUUGCAUCGCCUCUUGCACAUGCUCUUCUCCGGGGCCCUCCUAUAUGCCCCCAUACGUGCCCGUGGCUCGGAUCUUCUAUAA